AUGGGUCAUUCUUUUUUUCGUAAAUUGCUUGAUGAUGACUUAGAUGAAGAUGAGAUAAUUAUAAAACUUCUCACGGGUUCGACACAACAACGUAAGCAUCGUCGGUAUAUCGAACGUAAUCAUUUGGCAGGCCAUAGAAGGCUUUAUGAUGACUACUUUGCCGAAGAACCUUUAUAUCCUCCCAACUUAUUUCGAAGGAGAUUUCGAAUGAGACAUUCUCUUUUUCUCCGAAUCUUAUCUAGGGUAGAAGCUCAUGAACCUUACUUUACCCAAAAAAGAAAUGCUACCAAAAAGCUUGGUCUAUCUCCCCUUCAAAAGAUGACCGCUGCACUUAGGAUGCUUGCUUAUGGAGUAGCGGCUGAUUUUAUGGAUGAAUAUGUGAGAAUAGCAGAAACCACUGCAAUAACUAGUUUGAAAAAAUUUGUUGCAGCAGUGGUUGCUAUUUUUUCAGAGGAAUACUUGAGGUCACCAAACAAUGAAGACAUCGCUAGAUUGUUAGCCCAUGGCCAAAACCGUGGAUUUCCAGGCAUGCUGGAAAGUAUUGAUUGCAUGCAUUGGAAAUGGAAAAAUUUUCCAACUGCAUGGAAAGGGAUGUAUUGUGGUCAUAUUCGUGAGCCAAGUAUUAUUUUGGAAGCAGUGGCUUCAUAUGAUCUUUGGAUAUGGCACUCAUUUUUUGGGUUACCUGGGUCAAACAAUGAUAUUAAUGUGUUGAAGCGGUCUCAUGUAUUUUCUGAGCUUGCACAAGGACGUGCUCCUGCAGUUAAUUACUCAAUUAAUGGUGAUAAUUACACAAUGGGAUACUAUCUUGCCGAUGGCAUAUAUCCACAAUGGUCAACAUUUGUGAAGACAAUCCCAAGGCCACUAGGAGCAAAAAGAAAAUUAUUUGCAAAAGCUUAG